AUGUCGCCCGAAGAAAGCGUCGGCAUCACCGCCGACGGAGCCACGUGCUGGAUCCGCCACCUGAGUCAUGCGACGAUUGCUGGGGUCGCCAAGGCCUUUGCGAGCGUGCAGUACCCCACCUUUCACGCGCUCGAGCUGCGCGACUGUGAGCUAGACCAAUAUGCGACCGAGAAGCUAGCAACGACGCUCCUUGCCAUGCCGAUGCUCUCGCUCGUCUCGGUGGCCUUUCUCAAGUGCGUCUUCGCCGAGGGCGUUGUCCCCGUUUUUGCUCGCUGCUUCCGAGACAUUGCGUCGCUUCGCGAGCUGCGCCUCGACGGAUGCCGCGACUUGAGCAUGACGUCGCUCAUGACGCUCACGGGGCUCUGCGACCGCGUCGAGGUGCUCCAUCUCACGUCGUGCAAGCUCCCCCGACAGGCGGGGCUCAUUCUGGGCCAGAGCCUCGCGUCCUGUGGACACCUCGUGAGCCUCGUCCUCAGCCACAACAACCUCGGCGACGGUGGCGUCCGUGCCAUCGCCGACGCAUUUGACCCGCACAAGAAGAGCCACCGCCGAAAGCCUCUCGGCACGCUGGAGCUCUUGGACCUACGCGACAACGGUAUUUCAAACGCCGGCUUUGCGUCUGUCCUUGGUAUCGGCGUCCGCCACCUCAACGUGAGCCACAACAAAAUCACGUCGGUCCACGAGCUCUCGGUGCGCCGGCCGUCGCACCUCUGCUCGCUCGACAUUUCGUACAACCCGAUCACGGCGGCGGGGUUCGAGACCAUGGCCCACGUCAUCUCGUCGUCGAUGACUCGCGUGGGCGAGUCGCUCACGGGCCUCAACAUUGAGAACUGCUGCUUGACAGUGGACGGCCUGCAAGCGCUCAAACAGGCCAUCGAGCACAACCCGCACACGACGCUGAAGGAGCUGCGCCUGGGCGAAGACAACUCGAUCAUGGACGCCAAGACACGCGUCGUCCUCUCCGAACUCCUCGAGUGUAUCGGAAGCGUUCGGCCCGACAUUGAGUGCAUCAUCUCCCCGGCGAUCGUUCCCAAAGUGUCGCCAAAGACGAGUAACGUUAGCAGCAUAACGACGACGGCCUCGGACGAGAAAGACGACGAGGACGUGGCUUUGAGCUCGCCCAUGAGCCGCGCGAGCACUGCAAGUGACGUCGAGGGGAUCGUGCGGCAAACCGUGGCCAGCAUGACAAGCGUUCUUGAGACCAACAUGACGGACUUUAUGGAGCGCCACGAGCAGCGCUGCAUCACGGACGCUGGCCUGCACGACGUGCGCGUCAAGGUCGAAGCCCUCGAACGCCACGUGCCCCGCGUCGACACCCGACUCGACCAGCUCACGGAUCGGAUUGCCGCCAUCAACGCAGAGCUGCCCGCGCUGCGAACACCGCGCCGACCACUGCCUGACCUCGACGCCUCUGCGCUCUGUUUGCUACCGCGGUCGUCGCCGCCCGAUGCGGCGCUGGAGGCAUGGAAAGCCGAGAUGGAGCGAGCCCAGAACGUCCAGUUUCGCCAGUGGCAGGAAUACAUGGAGACGGACCGCGUGGCACUCACCCGACGCGUCCAGGAGCUAGAGUCCAAGGUCGCCGGCCUCGAGCAAGUCAUCAAGGCCGAGCAGCAGGCGAGUUUGUUGGCACUGGAGGCCAUCUCGACUGCAUUCCUGGCGAAAACUGCCUAAUCAACGUGCCGAUGUAGCUCCAUGUCCAUGCUAAUCCAAUCCGGCUACUAUUGCUAGCCUCACGUAUCUCGA